UGUGCGGGGCGUGUCGGACCCAGGGACCUCCUGGGGCUCAGGCCCGGUUUGCCCCCCUUGUCCCGGAGCAGGCCCCGCCGCCGUUGCUAAGGCGUCGCCCCGCGUUGCUAGGGGCGUGUCCAAACGGGCCCCCAACUCUCGCGAGGUUUGCCUGCCCGUUGCCUGGAGACCGAGGCGCCGGCAGCCGCCGCCAUGGGACCCAAAAAGAAAGCCGAGAAAAAAGGGAAAGGGAGCAAAGCUCCAGCAGUGACAGAUGCCGUGUCCCCAGAGGAGAUGAGCAAGGAGCAGCUGGAGAUGCACGUUGCACGUCUCCGGGAGGAGCUGGACCGGGAGCGGGAGGAGCGGAACUACUUCAAACAGGAGGGUGAGAAGAUUCGCACGUUCCUGGAGGUGACGCGGCAGCGGCUGGAGGAGAAGAAAGCUGAGCUGAGGAACAGGGACCGGGAGAUGGAGGAGGCAGAGGAGCGGCAUCAAGUGGAGAUCAAGAUUUACAAGCAGAAGGUGAAGCACUUGUUACAGGAACACCAGGAGAACCUGACAGAGCUGAAGGUGGAGGGCAACCUGUCCAUGCUGCGGGCCCAGAAGGAUCACUUGGCUCAGGAGACGGAGCUGCGGAAGGAUGUGCGCUCCUUGAAAGUGGAGCUGAAGGAGCAGGAGCUGUCCAACGAGAUGGCGGUGAAGAACAUGCGCCUGAAACAAGAGGAGGACAUCAGCCAGCUGUGCAGCAACUUCGAGAGACAAGUGAGAGAGACUGAGGCCAAGUACACCAAGAAGCUGCAAGUGCUGCGGGAUGAGCUCGACCUGCGGAGGAAGACAGAGAUCCAUGAGGUGGAGGAAAGGAAGAACACCCAGAUCGACGAGCUCCUGAGGAACCACGAGAAGGCCUUUGCUGACAUGAAGAACUACUACAAUGACAUCACACUCAAAAACCUGGCACUCAUUGACUUGCUGAAGGAGCAGGUGGCAGAGAUGAAGAAGAAGCAGAAUCAACUGGAGAAGGAGAAGACAGAUGUGCUGCUCCAGAAUAAGCAGCUGAAGGAGCCCCUGCAGCAGGAGGAGCAGUUGUUUGAGCUGCAGAAGAAGUUAGCCCACUAUGACAAGGACAAGAUGGCCCUGAUGAACACAAAAGCCCGUCUGAAAGUCACACAAAAAGAGCUGAAGGAUCUCCAGUGGGAACAUGAAGGUGAGCAGAGGUUCAGGAAGGUGCAGGCAGAGCGUGAUGAGCUCUACCAGAAGUUCACCAAAGCCAUUCAUGAGGUGCAGCAGAAAACAGGCUUCAAGAACCUGCUCCUGGAGCGCAAGCUGAAAGGGCUCCUUGAAGUCCUGGAGAAGAAGGAGGUGGAGCUCAAUGAGGUCCUUGCAGCCUCCAACCUCGACCCUGUUGCCCUCUCCUUGGUCUCCAACAAGUUGAAGGAUGUGCUUGAUUCCAAGAACACCACCAUUGAGGACCUUCAGCAGGAGCUGGCCCGAGUCUGCAAGGCCCACAACGACCUGCUGCAGACCAUGGAGGCAAAGCUGACAGCCUUCGGCAUCCCCCUGGACAACCUGGGCUUCAAGCCCCUGGCCAUCCCUGUGCCGGGGCGCACGCUGGGGCAGGGUCCUGCCGGGCUCGUUGCGGUGCCCAUCUGAUGGCAGGUAGCACUUGGGGACACACUGAUUGUGCCCCUCUUGGGGCUCUGCACCAUCCAGCAGAUCGCAGUGAGCCUCUGGCAGGAUCCCCAAGAUCCUCCCUCUCCUCCCUCCCCCAGGUGGGGUUUCCUCCAGAGCAGCCCCUCAGAAAGGUGAUUUUUAGAGACGAAUGGUGCUGUUUUGAAG